AUGCGGCGCUGGAAGCUCCUUUCCUUGAUAGUUCUCAUCGUCGUCCUCGUCCCCGUCAGAGGCAAUAGUGAUGAGUUCAGCUUAGAAGAUGCACUUGAUAAUCCACAGAAGACAACACCAUCACAUUCUGAUGAUUUCAACUUGCAUGAUGCCGUUCAGCCUCAUGACCCCAAGCCAAGUCCUCUGCCUUCAAUUCCAAAAGACACUGGCAGCUUUGAUGAUUCAGAUCUAGUAAAUGGCAAUUUACCAAAAGGAGGUGGCGGUGGUAGUGGCAGUAGUGGCAGCAAUGAACGAAAGAGCCCAAGUCCAGAAAAUGACAAAGCAUCUGAGGAUUCUCAGGGAGCAAUAGCUGGAAUUGCAAGUGCUGUAAUUGCUACUGUAAUUGGAGCAGUAUCAAGUUUCAUUGCUUACCAGAAGAAGAAACUCUGUUUCAAACAAAGUGCAGAUGAAGAGAAUGUGAAUAUGGAAAGCCAACGGGGAGCACAAUCUGAGCCACCUGUUCAGCGCACACUUCUGGAGAACUAAAUUAAAGAAAACAUGAUGAAGAAUAGAGCAUUGAAACUGGAUAGAGAGCCUGCAUUCCACCUGGAAAAAAAAAAAAAGGAGAAAAAAAGAGGAAACAAAAAAAUGCGUAGCAUAAACAGCAGAGUCCAAAGAUGCAUGCGAAAACAGUUGUUGCUUGAAACACCUCUGGGAGUGUGACUUAGAUCUGAAUAUUUCUGUGUGAUUAGCCCUGUGAAGCAUUGUUGCACACCAAUAUAUGGCCUUAAUGACAGGAGUGUAGAAGUAUGUUGUGCCUUUACAUUCUUGCCUUUACCCCUGUGACAAACAGGUGUGUCUCAAAUGCAUCCAGUAUGUUAAACUUUUCCUUACCUCUCAAAAAACAAUAAGCAAUUAAUGUUUUGCUAUACCAUUGCUUUCAGGCAAUGCAAACAUUUUUUUAAUAUCCUGUAUGCAGUGAGUGUACCAACCAAACAACUUGGUGUGUGUUGUGGGCACCUGAAAGCAAAUGGCUCACUGUGCAUGAAUAAUGGAUCCGGGUGUGGGUGUUGCUAAAAUAAACUGUGUAGCUGCUUGGGUCAGCCACCAGGGAAGAGAUGCUUGUUCUUCAGCAUCCAAGAAACAGAAAUUCAGCUUUGGGUUUUUGGAUUUUUUUUUUCAUUGCUUCUGUCUGGUACAGAUUCAGAACACUCAAACUAGUGCACACAGACCCUCCAUCCUUUCUGUCUCUUUCUGCUUAGCAAGUACAGAGCUGGUCACGUGUGGAACAACCUGAUUUUCGAAUCAGAACUGUAGUGGGAUUUUGUACAUCUGGUGAGAUUGAUGUUUGGCAGCUGUCUAAACGGUUGUGGAAGUAUUGGGGAGUGGGGUUAAGGCUUCCCUAAUCAAAAAUUUAACAGAAAAUAACAUUGAGUACAGAAGGUUUAUCAUAUGCACUUAAAAGACAGAAACAGUACCACAGGUCAAAAGUACAUGGUAGCAAGACUGACCAGAACAACCCAGCCUCACUCCACAAGCGUCCAUACAUGAAUAUUUUUGGACUUGUGAAAGACUGUCAUCAGGAAGAGGACCUAUGAUUGCAUUCUCAACUGCAAGUGCUCAUGAGCUUUACCGUGGCUCUUGAAAGCCACAGGGAGGGUUCAAGGAGCUGUUGAAGCAUGGAAAACUGCACUUCAUAACAGUUAAAGGACUAAGUCUGGAGUAGGAACAACUUCUGUCUGGAAGGGUCUGACCAAUUCUCUUGGCUUUCAUUCUAAUUGUUUUCAACUGUAAUGCAAUUUUACAAUAUGUGUCUUACUAAUGUGCUUCAGCCAUGUGCAAAGUUCUCCAGAAAGAUGACAUUUUGUGGAACAUCUUAGAAGUCAUUAUGAAUUUGGAUAUUAAACAUGUAAAUAUAUCUGUGCAUUCAAAUAUGAAUGUAUGCCAAGGAUAAUUCAUUUAAGAAUUUCAUGUACAUGUUUCUUAGCUUGCAACAAAGCUUUACACAGAUUUUAGUAUUUUAUGGAAUUAAUUUCUAAACCUCUUUUUGCCCCACUUCUGCUUUUAGUAUAAAAAGUGCUAAAACCUUUAAAUGUGUUAGAGGAUUGAAAAGUAAUUUUUAUAUAAACAUGUGAUCUAUGUAAAUACAAAGAAACUAAAUAUACUGAUUAGCUGCGUGAAUAGACAGGUAUCUUAUAUCAAUGCCAAGUGUCAAGAAAACAGAAAUAAACCAGUGUUAGGAAAAGUAUGGCAGGAGAAGCUCACAUUAGCUUUUAGCUAACCAGACUCUUGAAUCCUUUUGCUUUUGCAAGCCUAAAAAUUGCUCAUUAAAACCUCCUAUCAACAUUGUGAUUUUUCUAAAAACAAAUUAAAAAAAAACAAAACAAAA